AUGGCGGUGACUAUAAGAAGUGGUAGAGGUGGAGUUACAAGUAACUCUAAUCCAAGAAAUGUUGUGAGUGAUAAUGUGUUGGUGCAAGUGAAUGAUGAGAUUGUGAAUGAUGAAGCUCCAAAGUUAGAAGACCCCGGUGCCUUUACAAUUCCAUGCACUAUUAGUAGUGCCGAUUUCGCCAAAGCUUUGUGUGAUUUAAAGGCAAGCAUUAACUUGAUGCCAUAUUCUGUGUUCAAGACAUUGGGGAAUGGGAAACCAAGGCCCACAUCCAUGAGAUUGAAAAUGGCGGAUAGGACAAUUAAGAGGCCGCUGAUGAUAAUUGAUGAUUUGCUAGUUCGGGUCGGCAAGUUCAUACUUCCCGCAGAUUUUGUGAUACUUGACUGUGAGGUUGACUACGAGGUGCCGAUCAUAUUGAGGAGACCUUUACUAGCCACAGGGAAGGCUUUAGUUAAUGUGGAAGCAGGGGAGCUCACCUUCCGGGUGGGCGAUGAAAAAGUUGUGUUCCAUGUUUGUAAGUCAAUGAGGCAGCCUAAUAGCAACGAAGUGUGUUCGUUUGUGGAUCUUGUGAUCAAGGUGAUUGUUGAACACACCAAUGUUGUGAUUAAUGUGGAAGACCCUUUGGAAGUUGUGUUGUUGAAUCAUGAUUUGGAUGAGAAGGAUGGCUUGGUUGAAUAA